UUCCCUUACGGAGAUUAUCAUCAUCAAGGGCAAAAGCUCUCUUCAACUUCUCCAUGCUUCUCCUUGUGGUAUUACCAUACUUGAACCUUGCACUCUCCUUCUCAGGAUUAGGAGUUGGAGAUCAUGCUGAAAUAAUCAGGUGCAUAGAGAGGGAGAGGCAAGCUCUCCUCAACUUCAAACAAGAUCUUAUCGACGAUUAUGGCAGUCUCUCUUCUUGGGGGAGUACUAAAGACUAAGAUGUAAAAGACUGUUGCAAAUGGAAAGGGGUCCACUGCAGCAACCACAAUACUACUAGUCACGUCACCAUGCUUGAUCUUCAUGCUAAUGGUCUGAAAGGUAAGAUUAGCCCUUCAUUGCUUGAAUUGCACCAUUUGAGGUACUUGGACCUUAGUGUGAAUUAUUUCUAUGGCCCAAUUCCUCAUCAGUUCAGCAACCUUUCAAACUUGAGGCAUCUUGAUCUCGGCUACAAUUCUCUUGCGCUGAAUAGAGAAAACCUCGAGUGGCUUUCUCAUCUUUCUUUACUAAGUCACCUUGACCUUUCUUACGUUUUACUCAGUAAACAAACUGGUUGGGUUCAAUCUAUCAGUAAUCUCCCUUUCCUCAAAGAGUUGCACUUAUCUGGUUGUUCCCUUCCUAAUGUUGCUCAAUUUUCCUCAUUCUGUUUUAAUUCUUCUGUGUCCCUAUCCGUCGUUGAUUUUUCUUACAAUGGUCUAUCUUCUUCGAUAUUCAAUUGGUUGUACAACUUCAGUAGCAGUAGCAUUGCUCAUAUUGACCUCGGAGGUAACGAGUUAAAAGGUUUGAUUCCAGAUGCCUUCGGGGACAUGGUUUCUCUCGCAAACCUCAUUCUCAGUGAAAAUCAACUUGAAGGUGGCCUUCCAAAAUCCUUUAUGAAUUCAAGUCAUUUGCAAUCCUUGUAUUUGUUUGAUAAUAAUCUAACAGAAGAGUUUCAUGAGUUUCUGCAGAAGUUGUCAGGGGCAAAGAAUUCAUUAGAAACUUUGCUAUUAUCUGACAACCGACUUAAAGGUCCAUUGCCCGAUUUCACUAGAUUUUCUCUGUUGAGAGAAUUGGACCUUGACAAUAAUCUAUUAAGUGGCUCAUUCCCAAAAAACAUUGGAAACCUUCCGAGUCUUGUUUAUCUAUCUUUGUCGAGGAAUCAAAUUUCGGGGCCAUUACCUGAUCUUUCAGUGUUUCCAUCAUUGAAAAGCUUAUAUCUAGAAGACAAUCAUUUGAAUGGGACAAUAGACAGAGGUAUUGGACAGCUUCACAAGCUCGUGUUUUUAAGCUGCGGUUUCAACUCAUUAAAAGGCACAAUCUCUGAAGCCCACUUCUUCAAUCUCUCUAGUUUGUGGUAUUUGGACUUCUCUUACAAUGCACUAACUUUUAACAUCAGUUCUAAUUGGGUUCCCCCUUUCCAAAUUGAAAUUAUAAAGUUGUCGUCUUGCAAGUUAGGUCCUCAUUUCCCAGAGUGGCUUCGAACUCAACACAAUUUUUUUGUGCUUGAUAUCUCUAGUGCUGGAAUUGUAGGUUAUAUUCCUAGUUGGUUCUGGGAUCUAUCCCCGGGAUUAAAUACUCUAAAGCUCUCUCACAACCAGAUUAGUGGCUUCUUGCCUGAUCUAUCUUUGAAGUUUCCGAAUGCUACAGGAAUAGAUUUAAGUAAUAAUCUUCUUACAGGUUCAAUACCACUAGUUCCUACCAAUUUAGUAUUUUUGAAUCUCUCCAAGAAUAAGUUCAGGGGCCCGCUUUCUUUCUUAUGCAGAUCUACAUUUACUAAAGAUCAGUUGCUCAUCUAUCUUGACCUCUCCGAUAACCUACUGUCGGGGGAGCUUCCAUAUUGUUUGUCACUCUUCAAAAUGCUCUCAAUCUUUAGUUUGGGAAACAAUAAUUUGAAUGGGAAAAUUCCUAGCUCUAUCGGCUCGCUACAGCGAAUUCAAACGUUGAACUUGCGCAAUAACAAUUUUUCUGGGGAGGUGCCUUCGUCUCUUAAGAGAUGCACAAAGCUGAGUAUUAUUGACUUCAGAGGAAACAAAUUCACAGGGAUAGUACCAGCAUGGUUGGGGACACACCUGACAAGUUUGAUUGUCCUUAUUCUUCGAUCCAAUGAGUUUAAGGGAAGCAUACCUCGGCAAAUAUGUCAUCUUAACCGCAUUCAAAUCUUGGACUUCUCCCAGAACCAUUUAUCAGGAAGUAUACGACCAUGCUUUUCCAAUUUCGCUGCUCUGGUGGAAACUAAGAAUUCCGAUGCCACCACAAGUUUUAGGUAUAACACUGCACCGACUGGCAUUAUGUUUGAAAACAGCACAUAUGUAGCUAAAGCAUUUGUGCAAUGGAAAGGAAACGACUUGGAGUACAGCAAAAAUCUGGGACUGCUAAAGACCAUUGAUCUUUCUAGCAAUAGAUUAUCGGGAAAAGUUCCUCAACAAAUUGGGAAUCUUGCAGGAUUGCAUUCCUUGAACCUCUCAAGAAACACUUUGACAGGAAACAUCAUCCAAGAGAUCGGUCGGAUGGAAAUGUUGGAAUCUCUUGACUUAUCUGCUAAUAGACUUUCUGGUGAAAUUCCUAGAAGCCUUGCUCAUCUACAUUUUUUAAGCUUUUUGAACGUGUCAAGUAACAAUUUGUCCGGCGAAAUCCCAUUAAGCACACAACUCCAAAGCUUUAAUGCUUCUGCAUAUGCUGGGAAUCCUGAACUUUGUGGGCUUCCACUUUCCAACAAGUGCCCAGGAAAGGAAAAAACAACAGAAUCUCCCAAUACUGACAAAAACAUUCAAGAAGAUGAGGAUAGGUCCAUUACUCAAGGUUUUUACGCUAGCAUGGGGCUUGGUUUCUUCUUCGGAUUUUGGGGAGUUUUUGGCCCUUUACUUUUCUAUAGUCGGUCUCAACAUGCAUUUUUCAAGUUUCUGAACCACAUUACAGAUUGGAUCUAUUUGACCACUGCGUUGAACUGGGCUAGACUACAGAAGAGACUUUAG